AUGCUUUCGCCACGUAUUAUAUUAUUUAUAUUAAUUAUAUUACUAUUAUUAAAUUGUUAUUGUCAAGGUCGAAAUGAAAUUCGUAAUGCUGUUAAAGCUAAAGGUAAUAGAAAAGUCAAUGCAGGAAGACAAAAUGUUAGAUUGGUUAAAGAUAAAACUCGUGGAAAAAUUGAUCGAACUGAUGCUAAAAUAAAUAGAAAACGAAAAAAUACCAGGCGAAAAAUGCAAGUCAUUAAACAUAUAAUUAAAUCAUAA